AACCAAUGGAGGCCUAGGGGUGGAGGGCAGCAGGGGUUAGAGGUUAGGAAGCGGUGAGGUGAGUCGGAGAGCACGUGAGCCUCAGCCACUUCCCCCAGCUCCUUUAUCUCUAGUCGAUAGUGUCUAGGGGGACGGCCCGGGGCUCAGUGUCUGGCCAUGGAGUUACGGUGUCCGGACUCCACGCCGUCUCACAACAAGCAAGUAAACUCUGCCUCUACCCUAAGCCCUGAGCCACCGCGACCUGGGGACCAGAUCCCGAACCGUGCCGGGGGAAACAGUGCCUCCACCGCCAAGCGGACUCCGCUCACUGGGCAUGCCCAUUCUAGCGUACCGGCCAAGUGGGACCCUCGGGCCUGCGACGACGCCAGCCUCAACUCCGAGAGCGACGGUGGAGGUGGCAACUUUGACCUACUGGCCGGCUAUCACCUGUUAGGGGACUGCGUACUCUCCCAGCAAAUCGGGGCGCAGCUUAAGUUACUGCCUAUGAAUGAUCAGAUCCGGGAGCUGCAGACCAUCAUCCGGGACAAGACAGCCAGUAGAGGAGACUUCAUGUUUUCUGCGGAUCGUUUGAUCAGACUUGUUGUGGAAGAGGGAUUGAAUCAGCUGCCAUAUAAAGAAUGCAUAGUGACCACUCCAACAGGGUACAAGUAUGAAGGAGUAAGAUUUGAGAAGGGAAAUUGUGGAGUCAGCAUAAUGAGAAGCGGUGAGGCAAUGGAACAAGGUUUACGAGACUGCUGUCGAUCCAUACGAAUCGGAAAGAUCCUGAUUCAGAGUGAUGAGGAGACACAAAGAGCCAAAGUAUAUUAUGCCAAGUUCCCCCCAGACAUUUACAGGAGAAAAGUACUUCUGAUGUAUCCAAUUCUCAGCACUGGAAAUACUGUAAUUGAAGCUGUAAAGGUUCUUAUAGAACAUGGAGUUCAACCCAGUGUUAUUAUCCUACUCAGUCUGUUCUCCACUCCUCAUGGUGCCAAAUCAAUCAUUCAAGAAUUUCCAGAGAUCACAAUUUUAACUACUGAAGUUCAUUCUGUUGCACCUACACAUUUUGGACAGGAAUACUUUGGAACAGACUAAGUUACUGAUGUAAAUUUAAUUACUUUACUACAGUUAUAUUUUGAGUUUCUACCUGUCUUACUAAUUUACUUGAGGAAUGGCAGAGAAAAUUGUAGCAGAGUAAUUGUUAAAGGUGGCUUGGUGAUUUUGGGAAGUGGGUAUAGUAAAAAGGAAAUAUUUGAGGUUUAUUUGUUUUAUUUGGUUAUUUCUUGACUGUUGGCACCAAAUUCAACAAUGAAGCACACACAAGUUCUUAGAAAAUAUUUUAAUGUUCCUAUGCAAAUUCCUGAUCCCUGAGUGCAUUGAAACUGUUCCCUAAUUUAUGAGCCACUCAGUUUGGAGGUUGUUUGCAGCCACAAAUAAAACCCAAAUCAGAGUCACUUCCUUGGCUCACUGCAUUUUGUAUUUUGUUUUGUUUGCUUUUAGUUCUAGGGAGAUUUCAUGUAUGUGCUUAUUGUCACCUUCCUCUUCUCUUUACUUCCCAGUACUAUACAUGCUGAUUACUUGGAGAGGAUGAAAAAAGAAUGCCUCCUGAACUUUCACAUUUCCAUUAAUAUCCUCAUUCAUUGGACAUAUCUAGGGUACAUGAUUAGCCCUUCAGUCAAGCCACUAUGUUCUUCAUGGCUCAUUUCCUAUCCUGUGCAUUGCUGGUAGGUGCCUUGCCACAUUUAAUGCAGUGAAGAUGGUGGGGCAUUUCCAGCAACUGGAACUAUAAUAUGAAUUUGCAUAGAUUGAACUUGGGUUGUCUCAUCACUGCCAAGGAGGACUAAGUACUUUUAAUGACCUCAAUGCCCUAGAAAGGAAUUGGUGUUGGUUUUUCUGAGGUAUGGGUGGAAAGGACAGUUUCUUGCUGGGUUUUAUGGUCAGUAACUAAAUUAAAAUGUCUCAUUUUUAAUUUGGAUAUUUCCACUAGAGGCCUUUGAUUUGAAAAUUAGUUACUUUGCAUGUUUAUCAACUGUAAACAUACUAAAAUGAGAAAAAGUACCAUGACAUUUAAAAAAUUUCUAUGAUUUAUGUUUUCAUAUUUAGGCUUCUGAAAGGAAGAGAAACCAUUGUAGAAGUCAGUAUUUGUGUUCUGAAACUUGUUUGUAAAACCAUUAUCUCAUUUUACAUUGAUAUUAAAGCAUUUUAACAGUG